CCGUGCGCAGACCGUCAGUACCGUGAUCGACGCCGGCGCAGCGAGUUAACGCGCCGUCCCAUACGAAUUAUAAACAUUGAUAUGUACGACCUGUGUUUAGUAAACUGUGCUAUGAGUAUAUAGUGUUUGUAUCAAUUAACCGUUGACAAGCUGAUCUAAUAGGAGGCCACAAUGGCAAUGAAGGAAUAUCUCCAAUGGUUGCCACCUCCUCGUUCUCUGCUGGCGCUCUUGUUGGCUGUGACUGGCUUCAGUGGGCGUUUAUUUGCAGCUCACGUCGCACAUUCACCAACAUUACUUGUGGACGCCUGCCAUUCCUUAUGUCGACUUAUCGGUCUUAUCACAACUCUAUUAGCUUUUAAGUAUGAACGAGCUGACGAAGGAACUGGACGUGAAGGCCGUCUCCGGAACACAUUCGGUUGGGCCAGAAUCGAAGUCCUCGGAAGACUUUCGGUGCACGUUCUCUUCGCGUCGUUUUCCCUUGCCUUAGUAGUGAACGCGCUGCAGCUGGGCGUGCAUUCGUCUCAUGUUCAGCCUCCAAGAUAUCCCAGGGUCAUUUUGGGAAGUGGUGUGAUAGGUCUACUGCUGAAUGCCAUCAACUAUCUUCUCCUCGCGGGACGAGAACUAAGUUACAGUAGAAGACUCAGUGUGACAGAGAGUGGGGGAGUGGUUCUCAAAUCGGGAUCAAGGGAGCCUGUACUUGCGCAUGCACCGAGUGAUAUUACAAGUAGCUUGUGUGUGAUGGCUGCGGGCUUAACAUUGGAAUGGGAGCCUAGUGUGGCGGGUGUGGCUGACCCCGCUCUUUCCGCGUGUGCUGCUAUGCUUCUUGUCACAAUUAAUUAUCCAUUCUUGAGAUCAGCCGGGCUGGUUCUACUCCAAACUGUACCAGAAGGGCUCGGUGCCUGCGACUUGCGAAGUGCUGCAUUGCAGGUGCCGGGAGUCCUCGCCAUACACGAGCUGCAUGUCUGGCAGCUGCAUCGGGAUAGAUUGGUCGCUACUGCACAUAUCUGUUAUAACUCGGAAGAUGAUUUUCUGAAAAGCUCGAAUCAAGUGAGCGAUGUAUUCAAACGUCAUGGAAUAAACUUGGUUACAUUACAGCCAGAGUUCAGUCUUGCUACAAUCACAGAUUCGGGUGAAGAAAAGAAACUUUUAAUAGAUUUAGCAAAUGCUUCCUGUUCCUGUCCGUGUGCCAAGGAGUGUACAGCGCCGCGCUGUUGUGCGGCGCCGCCAAAGCCUACAAUCACACGAAUAUAGCACUAUUUACUACAAUAGUUAAGUCACAAUCUUGGCUGAACACUAUUUUACAACAUUUUUGACUCUGAGUUGUCUAAAUUCUUAAAUUUGAUACCGUUAUUUGUUUUAAUUAUAGGAAACAUUUUAGAUUUACAUUGUCUCAAACGAGAUAUUCGUAAUUAAGGUUUGACUUACGUUAUUUUAUUAUUAACCCCGAUUUAUGUUUUACAAAAUGUAAGCCUUUCGUUUUGAAAUUCACAAAAUAGGAUUGAUUGAUAUUACACGAUAUAUGAUAAAUCACGAACAGAACAAUGACACUGAGACGGGAUCCAGUACGGGCUAUGUUUCAUUAUUCCCUGUUAAAGGAAGAUCAGCCUUCGUAACCUGUUUCGUCCUGUUUCCAGUCUUGUCCACCACAUACAUUAUACACCGCGGUCGCUACGAAUAUAUACAUAGUAUAUAUGAAGAAAUACAUUUUGUAUAAUAUAUCUUCGAUAUGAAAUUAUCUUUAAAGAUAGAUGCAGGUUAUCUUAUAGUGCCAAUGAUAUAUCAAUAUUGUGUUACCAAGUUAGGAUCUAAUCUUUGAAAUACACAAAAUAUUGUGUAAAAUAGAGUUAACUUGUGUGUUCCGUAAUUUAGUUUAUAGGUAGAUUAAGUAAAGCCAAAGACGACUUUCCUACCAGUUGGAAAGUGACAUUUUCUAUUAAUACUAACUUUUACGCUCCAGUUGUUUCGCCGUAACCUACAAGAUAUUCAAGUUUAGCAUUCGUGAUACAGAAAAAUAUUAACACUGUAUAAAUUUAAGGAUAAUAUAGUUGAUAAUACUAUUAUUUGUAAAUUCAAUCGCGUCCUACAACUAUCCACUGCGAUGAACUGAACAUACAUUUAUUUAUUCAAAAUUAGAAGUGGAAAAUACAGGUCCAAGGUUUUUAGUAAACCGAUUUAAAAGCUAGGCUAUACACUUUAGGUAGGUGAAUAUUUUUAGCUGAUAAUAAUAUUGUUUAACAUUUACACUACUUGAAUUUCUGUUAAAACUCCUAAUAAUAAUACAUUUUUAUAUUUAACACACACUAUAAAAUACAAUAAAAUCGUAUUCUGGUCUCUCAAACACCUCGUCUGCUGCUUUUGGUCGGGCCCUUCUUUUUUUGUUUACGGUUUUGAGUCCGAAGAUAUUUGAAUCGGAGAUGUAUGCUCCCUUUCUUCACCAUAACCGAAGCAACUACGUCUAGACAUUUUGAAAUUAUUAAAUUUAAACUGAGAGUUCUCUCAGUGAGUGUUCACUAAAAACGCGUGCGUUUUGAGCGGAUGAAGUUAACAAUAAUUUGAGCUUUAUUAAGAGGACUGGGUGUUAAAGACUAUAACAUCAAGCUUUUCCUAUUAAUUGAAAAGCUGCUCGGUAGGUACGAUAAUAACGUCAUCUACGUCUACGACGUCGUCAGCAAUAGUCAUCCUCAAAUCUAAUGGAGUAAAAGACCUUACAAUACAAUAAACGAUAAACUGAUAAAAAUUAAUGAACAAUCGUAUGACAAAGAAGCGAUUGUUGCAUCAAAUGGAUUAUUGUUAUCUUACAAUGCCUUUUAUUCUCAGAGGUCACAUUCAUUUUAACCGUUAGUGCAAAAGUCGAUGAACUUUAAAAGCUCACCCGAAGUUCCCGAACACUUCGUUGAAUAUACUUUAUAAAAUCUUACGCUGAUCUUUGAAUUGGAAAAUUAUUUUUGUCUAAUAGUCUUUUGAUCAACACGAAUCAUCACAGAUUAACGCGACUAUAACUAGUUGAAAGGCUAAUUUAUAGUAAAGCAAAAAAAAUAAAGUGAACUUGUUAACAAAGACCUUCUUUAUAUACCGCGUCAAACGAAUGGUGACGAACGGCCAAAAAACUAUAUUAAAAGUAAGAAAAGUAUGGAGUAAAAUGUAUAAAUUUUUUAGAGCUUCUCGAAUCUUUUGAGAAGCAGUUUUUUGCUAGCGAGGCUCUAAAAUUUAAAAAUAUAAGACUAAAAACGUGUAUUGCGAUAGUGGUACAGUAUAUUGAACCCUUUUUAAAUAUUACUUUUUAACAAUAAUAUUCUGCUACAGGCUUCUUUGCUUCUACAGCUAUCAUAAUUUAAAUUUAUGGCAAUGAUAUUAGAUCACGCUCUGGUGAUCCAUACGAUCGAUUAUUGUACUCUGUGUUGGGUCACGCCGUUUGCAAUAUUUGUAUCCAGAGUAUUGUUGAACCCCACGUGAAUUUGUUUAAGCUUGCCCGUUUUAAGUAAUAUUGUUAAGAAUGUUAUUUAUUUGUGCUAAUUGCGAUGUACAAGUCUCAAAAAUUUUAUUGAAAGAUAUCAAAUUAAAUAUUUAAUUUAAUACAUAUUUCAAUAGGCUUACUAAUCAUUAAUUUUUCACUCCUAGACUUUUAGAAGUCUGGAAAUGCGUUUGGAUCCAAAAUCUGACAUACCAGCCGUAAUUGCCCUUUGCAAUUGUUAUUACAGAUUUUUUAUUGAAAAAUAUAAAUUUGUGGAUACGCAAAUUGGUUUAUUCUAGUUACUGUACAUCACAAUAAGCACCAAUCUGUUGCAUUUUGUGCGUUGUUCAAUUAGUACGUAAGUCAUGUUAUCAUAAUGAAAUGUCUGGCGAUGUAACUGUGAUGUUCCUAAGAGUAUUAUUAUAGAUAUUAUAAUAUCGCUAGAAUUAGGAACAAGUGAUAAGUUAAUAUUUUAACACGUAAUGUACAAAUUAAU